CAGAAAGUGAAAGUGAAACUGGAUCAGGGCGUGAGGAGGAGAUGCUUUGACUCAAGCCUGCAGUCCAGACCCGGUUACGGACGACAGCUGGUCUCUGAGGGAGCAGAUUCUGGAUCAUCCGGCCCCUGUUAGUGAAGUCUGGGCUAAAGUAAAUCCUGGUCCUGAUGAUGUCUCAGCAGAGCAGCAGAGGAGGCGCUGAGGAGAACCCAGACAGAGAGAGGUGGAGAUUUCCGAAAGUAAUGAAUCCUGCAAAGAUCUGGAAGAACCGCAGACAGCAGAAGAACACUGACGAUGCAGAGGAUGAGUUGGGCUGUAAGGAGGCUCUGCAGCAGGAGGAGAAGGAGGAGCAGCUGGAGGAGAUCAGCAGGAGGCUGAUCAACAGGGAGGAGCAGCUGUUCAGUCAGGACUCCUCCAGUGAGGAGGAGGAGGACCAGCUGCAGAGAGACUUCGAGGCUCUGAGACUGCAGAUAUGGAUGGCCAUCCAAAACACCUUCACGUCCUCUUCCUCCUGCUCCUCCUCUUCUUCGGUGGAGCUGGAGGUCCUGAGGAGUGCUGUGGCCUCCAUCCAGCAGCAGGAGGUGCAGGAUCGGCGCUGGACAGGCUGCCUGGAGGGCCGAGUCCCAGUGUGGCGUCCUCUGAAGUGUCUCAGCACUCACAACACUCUGCUGCAGAACCUGGUGGAGCCCAGACUGAUGAAGAUGGCGGAGGAGGACUCGAGUGGCACCGACGGACUGAACUCACCUCUGAAGAGGGAGGUUUGUCUGAUGGGAAAGCGCCUGAAGGAGGACCUGCUGACGGUGGUGAGGACGGUGAAGGACUGUUACCCGCCACAGAUGGACAUCCUGAACAUGUACGCUGGACUCUACCAUCAGAGAUUCUCUGCUCGGCUGACUGAACUGGCUGCUUCUGGACCGGAACCGGACGACUGCAGCUACCUGCUACUCUGGAUCAACCACUGCUACCCACGUGAAAUAUUAAAACAUGAAGAACUGGAAGGAAAGAUAAAGACGGCCUGCCUGGGUUCUCUGCUGCUGCCGGAAGAUCUGAACCGCCUGGAGGACCAGUACCUGACCCACAAAGAGGACAAAGUGAAGCUGUGGCUGAAAACUGCUCUGAAGAAAGAAGAAGGGAGCUGGCUGAGCGGCAGCACACCUGAACUGCUCGACCAAUACCGCUUCAGUCCUCUGGCGGUGGAUGUCAUCCAGGUGAUAGACGGAUCCCUGACUGAGUUCAGCUGUGUGAUCCGAGACCAGACUAAAGCUCAGAGGAUCACAGAUCACCUGGAGGGCUUCCUUACCAGCUAUAAGAAGCGUGUGGAGGAGUUUAUGAAGGGAAACCACAGUAACGUCCUCCCAGUGAUCAAGGCUCACCUGGUCUGCGAGGAGCAGCUCAGGGAUUACAUCACAGGUCAAACAGGAAGUCUGUCAGAGCAGCAGACAAGUCGUUGUCUGGACGCGUUGUCUGCCCUGAAGGAUUGUGGGUACAGGUGUUUCACCUGUCCCUUUCAUGUCCAGCUGAAGGUAUGUCUCAGUCCGCUGUGGACGUCUCCCUGGUUGGACGGGACACUUCCUGUCGUCGACUCUCUGCUGGACUCUCUGUACCAACAACUGACCGACCUGGCCGACCUGAAACCCGCCUGCAGACAGGCCCUGCUGUGUGUCCUCCAUCAGGAUGUGGUUCUUCAGUAUGUGAAGAGGAUGAUGAAGACCAAGAUGAAGAGCAGAGAGCAGCAGGUGGACGGGGCUCAGCGGAUGAUUGAAGACGCCCAAAAGAUCAACGACUUCUUCAAGGAGGAGGGCUGCAGCGGGUCUCUGUGGCUCGGGGAGCUGCUCUGCAGCCUGGCUGAGAUCCUCCGUUUGCAGGAUCCUGCAAGCGUUCAGCUGGAGAUGGUCAGCGUGGCCAGAACCUUCACGGACCUCAGUGGCGCUCACGUGACGGCGCUGCUCUCGCUGAAAACCGGCCUAUCAGCUGCUGACAUUCGCUCCAUCAGGCGGAGCGUGGAGGAGAACCGCCUCCUCGAUGUCUCCACCAAUCAGAGCCCCCUCUUCUUCUCCAAGGUCAAAGUCCCAUGGAUCAACAAUAAGAUCAGUCAGAUGGGGCUGAAGGCCUGAAUUGUUUCAGUAUGUAGUAGGUACUGUAUAUGAAUAUUUAUGUAGUAUGUUUAUAUAUAGUUAGCACGUUAGCAUGUUAGCAUGUUAAUGGUCAGUAAACAGGAGUUUUUUUGUCACGAGUCCUGAGUGCAGAUACGGGGAAACAGGGACCGAGAUGCAGAACACCAGACCAGUUCAGAUUUCUUAGUUUGUUUGUCCAACACGUUCUCAUAACUGACGCUUUCGGACAGCGUGACAAAGCGUAACGAUUUUAUGAAACGCCCCCGUUUCCUAUGUUGCAGCAACACAAGGGAGGCUAACCCUACCUGUGAGUACAUCGCCCGUGAGGCCCCAGAGUGUCUCAUAGAGACGCUUCCAGAAGCGUCUCAUGGAGAUGCACCUGCUGCGUCUCACACGCAUCUCACACCUACGCUUUGUCACACCUUCUCAAAUCGUCGCCCUGAGAUGAGAACGGCCUCGUUUAUCAGGAACACAAACGGUACGAGCUCACGAGAGGCGGCAGGAAAUGUCCCGAACAAAAGAAAAUCCCUCCCCUGUCUGUACCGGUCACAGUGUGUUCCAGAGCUGCUGCUUUAUCUCUCUACUAAAAACAUUUUAUUUUGAAAGUCGUUGCCAGUGGUUACAGGCAGGCGGCCAUGUUGAAGGACAGACAGCUAAACAAAGAUUUAUCAGAAGGCUUAAAACAGAAAGUUGUAGAGACAGCCUCUGCAGCUCAGAGGAGACCUGGACUGGUGUUCCUCAGGGUUCCGUCCUGGAUCCCAUGUGGUUCCUUUUCUAACUGAUAGAAAACACGGUACUCAUUUUGUUGUUAUAUGUAGUAGCUGUGUGACCAAUGUCUUUAUUUAUUAUUAUUACCGAAUAGUGAUUGUUUACCACCUUAAUAAAGCUUGACUUAAACAAA